AAAAAACCAUCCACAAUACUCUCCCACGUCCCCUCCCUCCCAUCCACACUCCUUUCCCUCGUCUUAGUCGCAACAUACUACAUCACACGACCCCCGAGACGAAAGAUGGCGAUCGCAGAGAACUACGACGAGGUGCUGAAGGGCAAGUACCCUGCGAAGACGCACGCGAAGAAGGUGGUGGAGUGGAUGCUCGAGAAGGGCGCGGAUCGGACGGGCACGAUUUACCUCGAGGCGCAGAAGCAGAAGUUGCUUGAGGAUAAUGAUUCUGAGGCGCCGUUUAGACAACGACGAUACUUCUACUACCUUUCCGGAUGCGAACUCCCGGACUCGUACUUGACGUACGAUAUCCAGAGCGAGAAAUUGACGCUGUUCAUUCCUCCUGUCGAGCCUGAGGAGGUUAUCUGGAGUGGAUUGCCCAUGUCUGUCGAGGAGGCGUUGGCGAAAUACGACGUCGACGAGGUCAAGACCACCAACGAAGUAAACCCAUACCUCACCUCCACAACAGCCAGCCCGCAGACGACCAUCUACGCGAUCCCCGACCAAAUCUCCGACCACAUCACCUUCCUCUCGUACAAGACCAAGAACCUCGAGCUCCUCAAGCCGGCGAUCGAGUACUCCCGCGUCGUCAAGACGGACUACGAGAUCGCCUUGAUCCGCAAAGCCAACGCCAUCUCGACGGCCGCCCACACCGCCGUCAUGAAAGCCGUCUCGCACGUCCAAAACGAAACCGAGCUCGAAGCCAUCUUCCUCAAGUCCUGCGUCGAGCGCGGCGCAAAGCACCAAGCCUACCACUCCAUCGUCGCCGCCGGCACCAACGGCGCCACCCUCCACUACGUCAAAAACGACGACACCACCACGGGGCGGGACCUCCUCCUCCUCGACGCGGGCUGCGAAGUCGAAUGCUACGCCUCGGACAUCACCCGCACCUUCCCCAUCUCCGGCACUUUCACCCCCGAAUCCUCACAAAUCUACAACCUCGUCCUCUCCAUGCAGAAACAAACCACCUCCGCCCUCAAAGCCGGCGCCUACUGGGACGACAUCCACGCGCUGGCCCACCGCAUCGCCAUCGACGGCCUCCUAUCCCUCGGCAUUCUCAAAGGCGACCGCGACGCCAUCUUCGCCGCCCGCACGAGCGUCGCUUUCCUGCCCCACGGCCUCGGGCACUACCUCGGCAUGGACACCCACGACACGGGGGGUAAUGCAAACUACAAGGACUCUGACCCCAUGUUCAGGUACCUCCGCGUGCGGGGUACGCUGCCGGCGCGCAGUGUGAUCACGGUUGAGCCGGGGAUUUAUUUCUGCAGGUUUAUUAUUGAGCCGUAUUUGAAGGAUCCGAAGCAUGCGGCGUUUAUUGAUACGGAGGUGCUGGAGAGGUAUUGGAGUGUGGGGGGCGUAAGGAUCGAAGAUAAUAUUCUCGUUACCGAAGGCGGGUACGAGAAUCUGACGCCUACGCCUAAGGAGCCGGAGGAGCUGAAGAAGAUCAUCACUGGGUCUUGAAUGUACUCCCCUCAAGAAGGGAGCGUUAUGAGUGGAAUUGGAACAGCUGGACGCACAGCUAGAGAGAUAGAUAUCCCCACCGAAUUUACCUAAGCGGGAAGGGGGAAAAGGGGAGGUCUUGUUGACACAUCACACCAUAUAAGGUAUCUAUCGUAGGUAUAACUGAGAGAAAUAUCAAAUCAAAUCAAGCCCUAAGAAACCAC